GACCAUGAGAGAUUUGUUCAGACUCUAACAUCUGACUCAGAGUUGGUGCUCAGUGUCUACCUGUUGAAUGAACAGUAUAGAGGAGGAAAAACAUUUUUUCUCUACCCUCUUAGGUUCAGUGGCUGGGCCCUGCAAAAUAAACUGAUGAGAGAUAUAUUAACAGGAAAAAAGGUUUAUGCAUAAAUGUAAAGAAGUGGUUAGACCGGGGGCUCAUAUGCCAUUUUAACAAAGAGUGAAAAUUGUGGAGAAUAACUAGACAAAGGUAGGGGAAUGUUUCUUGGGCAAAUUGUAGGAAGGUAAAUAUAUGGGGAAGCUAGCAGAAGAUAAGGGUUAUUCAGUAAGGUUUGUUAUGUGGACUCAAGUUGGUGCCUUCCCCAUUAGUAAGGGUUGCUCUCCUUUUCCUGGUACUGGAGAGGAAGACACAUUUACAAAUGGAUAUUUAUUACCUAUACAUAGGAAAUUUUAUGCCCUGCAUUUAUACAAAAAAGGGAGGGCAAAGAGCAAAAUGGUUUCAGCUCAAAACAAUUCUUACACAAAAGUGGAAUAUUUAGGGAUGGCAUAUGCUGAUCCUCUUCAAAAGGAACAAGUUGCUUGUUUCUUAUCAUGGUUAUGAGAGCAACUUUGAGUUAAUUUCUGCUUUCUGAAAGUACGUUUAAUUCUCAGCUGUUUCUGCUUUUGAAUGCAGUUUGGGAGAGCCCAUGUGACUGUGCAAGUGGAGCCCAGCUGUGUGGAUGCCCCAGCAUGGAUGACUACAUGGUCCGGAGAGAGAUUGGGGAGGGCUCCUUCGGCAGAGCUCUUUUGUUUCAGCAGGAAAGCAGUAAUCAGAUGUUUGCUAUGAAAGAAAUAAGGCUUCACAAGUCUUUCUCCAAUACACAGAAUUCUAGGAAGGAGGCUGUUCUUUUAGCCAAAAUGAAACACCCCAAUAUUGUUGCCUUCAAAGAAUCUUUUGAAGCUGAAGGACACUUGUAUAUUGUAAUGGAAUACUGUGAUGGAGGGGAUCUAAUGCAAAAGAUUAAACAGCAAAAAGGAAAGUUAUUUCCUGAAGACAUGAUACUUAAUUGGUUUAGCCACAUGUGCCUUGGAGUAAAUCACAUUCACAGGAAAUGUGUGCUACGUAGAGAUAUCAAGUUCAAGAAUGUCGUCCUCACUCAAAAUGGAAAAGUGAAAUUGGAAGACUUUGGAUUUGUCUGUCUUCUCUCUAAGUGUGUAUCUCUGUCCUAG